AUGGCUCGCAUAACGUUGUUUGGCCUUCGGUAUGGGAUAUCCGAACAGCUACAUGGAGCUACGGUCGUGAGGAUCGUUCGACUGAGUAAGGCGCAAUUAUAUUAUAAUCUUUACAAUUGGAUGGAAGCCAUUUUCCUUAAUCUUUUCAGUCUCUCGUCGAACUUGGUCAAUAUUCGGAAUCUUCUUUGCGCUAUUUUUCUUUUACAAUUCUUUUGGCGGUGACAAUGUUGUCCUCAGUGGGACCGAAAAUUUACCAGAAUUGGGCCCAGUUGAAAUAAAUGCCAAAUUCCGAAAUGACGAGUUCUCCUAUGUUCUCCAUCCACCAAUCGGAGACGACUUUUGUAAACAUAUCGAUUUUUUCAUUAUUGUCUUCUCAAAACCAGACAACUAUGAGCAAAGAGAUAGGAUACGAUAUACCUGGAGUUUUUACAAGGUGAGGAUAAAACGGGGAGAUGAUAGCUCGCGUUUAGAACAUGGCGCGGAAUUUCACUGUAAAGUUUAUUAUUGGGAACGUGAGUGAUGUUGGGCUGAGCAUGAAGCUUCAACAAGAAGCGGAAGUUUAUGUUGAUAUUCUUCGAUAUAAUUACACUGAUACGUAAGUGUUUUAAAGAAGAAAACAAAGACUCAGGUCAUGAUGUCUUUACUAAAACCUGUAAGCAUUUAGGACGACAUUUUUGCAGGCCAAAAGAUAACGAGGUAAAACUGCAUGCCGCUUUGAAUUACCACUUGAACUACUGCCCAAAUGCCACUUACAUUAUAAAAACAACCGACGACACUGUGCUGGACGUGAGAAGGAUUUGGCAUUAUACCAACAACCUCUACACACCUAUGCUUUCUCAUUCGCCUGAGCUAAUUGUCUGUAAUGCAAAGACAUAUACAAACCGCAAAGACCUGCUAGGCGAAGGCAAACAGUAAGUUUAAACAACUUUUCUUACUUUUUAUGAAGUAGCGAAAAGUGAGCUUUCCUAUUUACCGAUAAAUUUUGUUUAGCUACAUCCCAAAGAACGGUUACGUUAAGCGGCCUGUCAAGUUUUGCGAUGGCGGAACAUUUAUUGCGACAAAAUACGCAACAAAGGCUUUGUUAUCCAAGACCGAGAUGGUAAAUAGAUUCCCAUCAGAUGACGUAUUGUACACGGGGUAUCUUUUGACCAAGACAAAUGCUCGGAUAAUCGAUCAAGACAUUUUUGGACAAAGGGUAGGUCUUUUACGUGGGGCAAGUCGAAUUUCAUGAAACUCGGCUCAAGUUAGGAAUAUAACUCUAUCAAAGAAAUUUACUUCUGUAUGCAAAGUGAAUGGUGCUUUUGUAAAAUAUGUCGCCGAACUCACUUCAGCGGUAGCAAACGAAUCAAGUGGUUUGCUUGAUUAAAGCAUGCACGCAAAGUUUUAAGCAGAAGAUUGAAAAGAAAAUGAAUGCCGCCUUAAAGAUUUUUCGUGUAACCGACGUACAUUUUAGAGUGAUAUGCUCCGUCAGAAGUGCGAUUAUUACGGUGUUCCGCCAACAUUUGCUCAACGAGGUGCGGAUGCUGAAGUAAUGAUGGACGUUUUUAAUAAGUUGAAGAGCGUUCGGUGUCUUCCUUCGUUUAACGCAACCCUGUGGCGGACUCAUUUCGGCAACGCAUAA